AUGAAUUCUAUCAUUUUAAUCAGCAACAACAUCUUCAUUGCCAUCGAAAUAAUUGUCUUUAAUAUUCUCGGACUUUUUGGAAAUGUCAAUAUUCUUUUGUUGACCUACUUCAAACCUCAGUUACGAUCGAAAACAUCUUAUUUUCAAUGCGCCCUGAGCAUCUCUCACAUCUUCUGUCUCUUGUUCGAACUCCCAAAUGCAGUUUUCCUGUUCACUGGAAUCCAAUUAAAACGGAAUGUGUGUUUUCCUGCAAUCGCUACUUAUAUAUUUUUCAUUUGUGCUCAAGCUGUCAUUAUGCUCAUGCUAGUUGUCGAUCUCUUCAUCAUAGUAUUCUUCACCACUUUAUACAUGCGAGUGCACAACUUGCUUUACGCAGCUACCCUGUUGUUUCUUCCUUUGCUCUACUCCGCUUUUACAGUUGCUUGGGGGUUUAUGGAAAUGGACGAUGAGAUUAUUUUGUUCUGUAACCCACCGAUUGGUCUUCAUCCGCUGGUUAGCAGAUGGUGGUCAAUGUCGAACGUUGUUAUUAAUACAGUAACCAUCGCAUUGUUCAUUUUUCUCAUUGGAACAUUUCAUCAUAGAGGAAGAAAAGAGAGAAGUGAUACUCGAAAACUAAUGAAACGAUUAAAAGUUUCCGUGGUGGUAUUCGUCUUCUCGUGGUACAUGUGCACCCUCGGCGUUGAUUUAUUUGCGGCUUUAGGCCUCACUGGCUCCGCUCUAGCAAUUUUUCAAAGUAAUAUGGUCUUCUUCGCACUUCUCUGUUAUACACAGCCGUUUUAUGUGAUUCUAUGGAGAUCAUCUGAAUAUCGAAUGGCAUUUGUGGAACUUUGGAGUAAUUUCUAUUGGUUCAAGGCAUCAAAACCAAAACAAUGGUUGGAGAGAACUGCGAAAGUUCAUACUGUAGUUUCCACUUACGACAUUUCAAAAACAUAA